ACUUCUUUAUCCAUGAUCAUGAAUAAUUCAAAACAAGCAAAAUCUAAAUGCCUGUGUUUGGUUUUAAAGCAAUGCCUGCGCUAACGCUCCUGAGCACGGAUUAAGUAAAUCCAUGACCCAAACAUUUACUCUCUCUCUCUCUCAACGGCUAGUUAUAGCUGCUGCACUCUGCGCCACCUUCUUCUAAUUCUUAUUCAGUUUUAUUUUCACACUUUUUGUUUGUUUUCUUUCCCGAGAAAAAGAAACCGAAAUUGCAAAAUGUUCCAUCACGAAGUUUCCCUCGUUUUCAUCUUCUUCUUCUUGCUGGUUUCUGGGUCUUCUUCCUCAUCUAACAGUGAUUUCUUUGCUUUGCUAUCUUUCAAAGAAUCGUUAUUACAUUCAUCACAAUUGCUUUCUUCUUGGGUUAACUCCAGCAACCCUUGCUUGGACUCGUGGUUUGGCGUCACCUGCAACCCCACAACCCACCGAGUUACCCGACUCGUCCUCGAGAAUCUCAACCUCACCGGUUCUAUUCAUCCCCUCGCUCAACUCCCCCAGCUCAGACUCCUCAGCCUCAAGAACAACCGCCUUUCUUCUUCCUCCAACCUCAACUUCUCUUCAUGGCCAAACCUCAAGCAUCUCUAUCUCUCUUACAAUCAACUCUCUGGAAAAUUCCCUUCUGGUAUAUCACGUCUCCACCGCCUUCACCGUCUCGACCUUUCUCACAAUCAUUUCUCUGGCGAUAUUCCGAUCAAUGAGAUUGCUCUGUUGCCGCACUUGCUGACACUGCGUCUAGAGGCCAACUCUUUCGCUGGGACUAUCGACUAUGCUAACCCGUUGUCUUCUUCCAUUGUAGAAUUUAAUGUAUCGGGUAACCAUCUCUCCGGCAAAAUUCCAGCAUGGUUAACACGUUUCCCCGCGAGUUCAUUCGCUGGGAACGAUCAUCUCUGCGGUGAACCGUUGAGGAUCAAAUGCUCCAAUCAGACAGUGCGGAGCCAGCCUGUAAAAUCAAGCAGCGUUACAAAGGAGAAGAGAGCGAGCAAUUGGUUGGUGUUUAUGAUCGUGGGUGUCGAUGCAGCGGCGAUUAUGGCAGUGAUCGCGACCAUAACGUGCUGUUGUUAUUAUAGGAGGAGGAGGAGAAUAAAUGGUGGGAACCACGGAGAAGUUAUCAAGAGGAAAGGUGGGUCCCAUCCCCAAAUUGGAGGUUAUUAUUACUACGGCGGCGGCGGCGGUGAGCUCAGGGAAGGCGAGGAGAUGGUAUUGUUUGAAGGGUGCAAAGGUUUUAGUGGCGUGGAUGAUCUGCUGAAAUCCUCAGCUGAGUUGUUAGGUAAGGGUUCUGUUGGGACAACUUACAAGGUGGAGAUGGAUGGCGGAGACGUGGUGGUGGUGAAAAGGGUAAGAGAGAGGAGGCGGAAGAGGGAGGUUUCCGGUUGGCUGAGAAUGGUGGGUGGGGUGAGGCACAGUAACAUAGUAAGCCUCAGAGCAUACUACAAUUCCAAGGAUGAGAUCCUUCUGGUUUAUGACCAUCUCCCAAAUGGAAGCCUACAAUUUCUGCUACACGGGAACAGAGGACCAGGAAGGACGCCAUUGGAGUGGACCACAAGGCUGAAACUAGCCUCAGAUUCUGCACAAGGCCUUGCCUUCUUGCAUGGAUACAACAAAGCAAAGCUCUUCCAUGGGAACCUCACAUCUUCAAAUAUCUUGGUUGAUCACUUGGGCAACGCCUGCAUUUCUGAGAUUUGCCUUGGCCAACUCUUGCACUCACCCCCUCCAUUCUCAAACAACUCCUGCAAAGCCCCUGAACUAGUUGCCAGUAUUGGGCAUGGACAUGGAAAAUUCACUCAGAAAUGUGAUGUGUAUAGCUUUGGGGUGAUUUUGUUAGAGAUAUUGACAGGGAAAAUGCCAACUGGGGAGGGAGAAACAAGUCUAGUGAGAUGGGUUCAGAGAGUUAGAAGAGAAGAGUGGACAUGGGAGGUGUUUGAUUUUGAGUUGUAUAGGUGUAAGGAGAUGGAAGAAGAGAUGGUGGCACUUAUGCAAGUAGCUUUACUUUGCUUGGCUCCUUUACCCAAAGAUCGUCCAAAGAUGAGUAUGGUUGUUAGGAUGAUUGAAGAUAUUAGGACUAAGGGUUCAACCCCAAAUUCCCUUCUCAAUGCUAUCUCUUCUGAUUCAUCUCCUUCUCUAUCAGAAAACACCAUUAACUUCACCACCAGCAGUUGAUUAACGGUGGCCGGUGACCAUGGCUUGGCCCAGUGUUAUCUUAGUGUUCUUGGAAUACCUGAUACUGUUCGCCAGGCGCAGGCUGGUGCUGGUCAGCUGUGGAGGCAGGAGCAUAGGUUGCAGCACCACCCAGCAACCGAAAUCUAACCUACUCGCAUAGAAAGGCUUGAUUAUGUUUAUUUGCUUGGUGGAUUGAGACAGGAUUUAGGCAAUAUAAGAUGUUUGAUGAAUUGCCAGUGAUAAAAAAUUAAUAAGCUUUUGUUUCGUCCACAUCUGAAAUAUAUUGUCGUUUUAGCAACUAAGUUUCUAUCAACUGCCCAAAAAGACAAAUGGGUUUUAGAA